AAGUUGCCGGCGAAAUGGCUAUCGAGGCACCUGUACUACAAAAAUAAAUAAUAAAAUACGUACCCUGAUAGCAAGAUUUCCUGGUCAAAAAAUUGGUGUCAAUUACUUGCGAUCAAGUUGAUGACAACUUUUAGAUUUUGUAACUGUUGACUGCAAGUUGUUAUCAACUUUCCCAGAAAGGGAAAGGUGGGUUUUUUCAUUUUAAGUAAAAAGAACACGUGCCUCAGGACGAUCAAAGUUCAUUUUUCGAUACGAUUGCGGUUUUUUUUAAAUAUCUCAUGAAAUAUGCAGAUUAAAGGAAAAGUUUUUUAGAAAAUUCAAUUCUUGACAAAAAAGGUCAUGUUCAUUUUUUUAUAAAAUGUGUAUUCAUGAAGAUAUUUUAAGAAAACUUCUUUUAGAUCUCAUGAUGAUGAUGAUGAUGAUGAUGAUGAUAAGAUAUCAAUUGAGCGUUUUAAGGAUUACAAAUUUAAAAAAUAACAUUUUUCUAAGCAUAUAGAAACUAUAACAAGCAUUAAGGAUUGAUAUGGUAUGAGUUACGAAGUUGUCUAUAUUUAAGAAAAAACGUUAUUUUUAACAUUCGUAAUCCUUUAAAUGCUCAAUUGACAAGAUCUAAAAAAGUUUUCUUAAAAUAUCUUCGUAAAUACACAUUUUAUUAAAAAAAUAAACAUCACCUUUUUUGUCAAGAAUUUAAUUUCCUACAAAAUUGGUUCUAUGAUUUUUUCCUUUAAUCUGCAUAUUUCAUGAGAUAUUUAAAAAAAACCGCGAUUGUAUCGAAAAAUGAACUUUGAUCGUCCUGCGGCACGUGGUCUUUUUACUUAAAAGGAAAAAACCAAAUUUCCCACGUAUUAUUUCAUUGAACAGAAGCUUUUCAUUGGGUGUCUGGGAAAUUUUAAUUUUUACGACCACCCUAAUAUUUAUAUACGAAACGUAGGAAGUUAUUUCUAUAACCAACAAAAGAUAAAUUAAAUUGUUAACGUCAUCAGCUGAUCGCCUAGACAUAUAUUAUUUUUUUUUUAAAUAGUAGUAUUACUCAGUCAUAUUAUGAAGUCGUAAAAAUGAAAUUAAAACAAACAUUAAAUAAUUAUAUUUUAAAUAAGAAUAUAAAUAAAUAAUAUUUAUUAACAAAUUAUUAAGUUAAAUUUUUUUAUUAUAAAAAAAAAAAAAACUUUUAUUUAAUAUUUACGACAUUAAAAAUAUACACAGUAAAAAUAAAUAAAAAAUGGUGAAAUUGAUAAUUUAUACCUGUUUAUUGUCAUCAUGUCUCAUUUCUUUUGGAAUAUAUAUUUUGGGAGUUGCACAUUAUGUCACUGACCUGGAAGAAAAUACAUGUGAUAUGACUUACAUGUUUGAAUAUCCUCAAUAUGUGAGAAUAAAAUUGGAUAAUGACAUUGAGAGAGAAUUUAAUAAAUUUUCUCUGUAUGCUUAUGGCGAAGGUCAUGCUACUGAAAAAUUACGUCGAAUGAAAUUUACAGGUAUUCCUGUGCUAUUUAUUCCCGGCAAUGCCGGUUCACAUGAACAAGUAAGAUCUCUAGCUUCCGUAAGCUUAAGAAUGAGCUUGAAACGAAGAACUCCAUUUCAUUUUGAUUAUUUUACAAUAUCUUUUUCUAAAGGUCUAUCAGCUCUCUAUGGAGGUAUUUUAGAAGAGCAAACUUCAUUUACAAGACAUUGUAUUGAUAAAAUAUUGACUCUCUAUGAACAUAAAGUUGACCAAGUCGUACUAAUUGGUCACUCAAUGGGCGGCAUAGUAGCCAAGUCAGUUUUACUCCAUGACAAUAAAACAAAUUCUAGUCUUGCAAGUAUUCUCAUAACUCUCGCGAGUCCUCACACACCAAGUAUCGCAUUCGACAAAACAUUCAUCGAUUUUUAUCACCGUAUAAAUAGCAGAGCAAAGCGAAUCAAAGAUAUGGGGACCAGUGUGGUCUCAAUCGGUGGAGGACCGCGAGAUCUUCAAGUCACUUCAUCCCAAAUAAUCGAUCCGCUCGCUGAUCUCAAUGUCUUGUCUACAGCGAUACCAAAUGUAUGGCGAUCUCAGGAUCAUUUGUCUAUUUUAUGGUGCAAGCAACUAAUUAUCGUGUUAGUUCGCAGUCUAUUUGAUUGCGUAGAUGCCACCGAUCGUAUUCCCAAGAUAACAUCCGACCCGGAUGUUAAAUCACAGGCACUCAGUUAUCACUUGUCCAGUCGUUUCGCGGGCAAACAUUUUGGUAAUUUUGAAAAAAUAAUGGAUUUUGAGUCUGGUAAAUGGAUCGAAGUAACUUCUCCCCACUAUACUUAUAAUAGUAACGAUAAUAGACUAGUUAAAGGACGACAGAAUAAUAAAAUAAUUUAUUUAAUUAUUCCAAUUGAUCUUAAAUCAGCUUACAGUCAUAUCAGUUUUGAUGCUAUUAAUUUAGAAAUAUCAGACUGGAUUUUCGUAUGCUCAGCAUCAGUUGAAAAUUCAAAUAAAAAAUGUAAGUCAGGAUUAAAUCUUACAAAUUUAACAAGACUGUCACCAGAUUAUUUAUUUCAGCAGCGAAAAACAGUCGAUAUUAACUUUGAUGACAUCAUUAAUUUAUCAGAAGUAACGCAUUUUGUUGUAAAAAUUUCAAAUGAUGAAGCUGAAAAAAAUACACCAGUGAUUGUACACAUCGAUAAGUAUUAUCAUGAAUCAAGAAAUACGCGGAUUGAUGCUACUGGUAUUUACUGGCUGCCUUCACCAAUAAAAACAAUAUUUACUGGCUACAAAUACUCAGUAAUAAAUAUUGAACAAGGCAGCUUGCGGUACCAUCUAGACGUAGCUGGUAUUGAUGACGGAGUUAAUUUUUUACUUGAAUCAAUCACUGAUGGAGAAAAUAAUAACAUGCCUGGAUAUGUGGUAAUUGAGAUGCAAGAGUCCUUUAAUUCAUCGAACUCCGUUAUCACUCAGUUUUUUACGCUGACUGAAAAAAAUAUCGCCAGGUCCCAAAUACUCCGGAUGCAGACAAACGGCGACUAUAAGACGUCAGCGAAUUCUGUCAGAAUUAUUUUAAGUUUAGAUCCGAAAUUUUCGUACAAAAUUUUAGUGCGGCGGGCAGGACUGAUAGACAGAGCUGCUAAUUUUGCACGAGAUCGGUGGUUCCGACUUUAUCCAACGGCAAUAGGUUUAUUACUGCUGAUGAUUGCUACCAGAAUGGACAAUAGUAAACACAAAGAACUUGUAACUAUUGGAUUUACUAGUAUUAUUGUUAUUUAUUCGGGGAUUUAUUUUGAGAUUUUAAUAACGAUGGGAUUGUUGUUGGUACUGUCUGUUGCGACGUGUUGUGCUGUUGUUUUUUCGGGCUCGAUGGUGCAUAAUGUGACAGCCAGAUUUUUAGCUAGAGCACUGGCUCGAUUUCCUGCCGCGUGGUACAGCUGGUUACUGCGCCAGGGCUUAGAUCACUUGCCUUUCAUUGCAAGUUUAAUUCUCUUUGUUAUAAUAUCAAGUAGUUGUGCAGCAGUGGCUAUGUUACUUUCAGUAGUAAUAUAUUUUUUAAAAUUAACAAGAAUGUACGAAGAUUAUUUGGAAGAAUUAUUUAUGGCGUCGCUACGAGCAUUUAUGCGUAAAUUUAAAAAACCAUCAGAUAAAAGUCAAAAAGACAAUAAAAGUGAUGCUAAAAAAAAUAAUAAUGAUGUGGAUCCAACAACAAAUAUCAUUAAUCAUCUUUUACUAUUCAUGACUUGGUACCUCACAGCUAUAUCUGCGAUACCAACAACUCUUGUCUGGGCCAAAGACUUCAGUUACGAAACUCAUCUAGCGACAGAAGAUACUACGAUGUUCAUCAGUUGGAUUGUUUUAACUGGAUGGGGCUCUCUAGGUCUUGUAAAAAUAUCACCACCUUCACCUGGAGAUAAUAAAUUUCGUUUAAAAACUAUAGCGAUGUUUCAACGAAUUGUUGGUUGGAUAUUGCUGUGGAUCGCACAAUCUAAAAAUAUUUCAGAUUAUCAAUGGAUGAUUCCUCCAAUCGUAGCCAUUUCUAUUACUCGUAUUGUAUUGACUCCUUUUUUUGUCAAAAAAACUCAGUCCUGAUAAAACCAUAAUAUAUAGACUAUACUAAAAAUAAUUUUUUAAAAUCUAUACUGUAAAUAAUAAUAAAAAAAAAUAAUACUAAAAUUUUUAGAUAUUUUAUUUUAAAAUAACAAUUUGUUAAAUUUUGUUUUCGCGUAAAAUAAACUAUUUUA